AUGCCACCGCAUCACCAGAAAACUUGGGGAUACCGCGACGUCCGCGCGCGCCCCUCCGGCGGCUUCUCCGCCGAGAUCCGGCUCCAUGGGAUGCGCCUCGUCCUCGGCAAUUUCGACACCGCCAAUGAGGCCGCCCGCGCGUACAACAUGGCAGCGUGGCGCCUCUGGUGGCCUCAUAGAACAUUGAGCUUCCCCAACUUGCCGAUGCGGGAGCGGGCGCAGGAGCUCGCGCCUUUGCCGCAGCUUAUCACCGACGAGGAUCUUCACGACAACCGGAGGAGGGACCAUUGUCUUGGCAUUGCCGAGAUGGACGAGGAAGCCAUGGCGUUGCGGUGCCAACGCUUCCCGCAGGACAUCAUCAACGAGCGCAAGUUCUACGUGCCAAGGAGAGCGGAGAGGGAUAAGAGGAGGUCGGAGCGAGCCGCCUAUCGCAAGGACAAGCGUAGGCGAAAAGCGGAUGCAUAA